AUGACUUUAGAGGAUUGGGGUGUCUCCAACUUCGAGUUUGUAAAAACGUUGGACAUCUUACAAAACUGCAGCAACUUUGUUUCAUGCGGUUUGGCCGAAGAAAUCAUAACAAAAGAGUAUAAAAAAUACUCCUCCGAAAUCAUAGAUGUGCUUGUCCACCGCCUCCAGUUAGAUUCCAAGCUAAAAAUAUUAAAUCAAAUUUUCUUUUUGACUGAAGUUACUUUUAUUGAUUUGCUGGUUUUAAAAGUCGAAGCCCUUUUUAAAUUUCCUCUUCCAAUUUUAGCUACAAAAAUUGAACAGCUUCUUGCAAUCGAGUACAGUAACUUUUUCCAUACAAAUGAGACGCCCUUUUGCGCACUGAAUUUUUGCAGCGACGAAGUUAACAAAUUUGCUUUUGGAAAAUGGAGGUCUAUCUCGAUUACCGCUCCAGAAUUUCCUCCCGUCUUUUAUAUCCUUUUUUCAAAGGAUUCUCUUGUUUUUUUUAAAGAUGUUUUUGCCUUUUUGUUAUCGCUAAAGCAAGUCUUAAGCACGCUCCAAGAAAACUGGCGGAGCGCACGAAAUUCUGCAAAUCGAGAAGACGCUCGUAAAGUCGAUCCUUUUUGGAUUCAGAGAUGGAGAAUGACCCACUUCGCCGAACAAUUGUUUCUUUAUUUAACGGAGGACGUCCUUCGCUUUCAUUUUGAAAAGUUUACCUCAAAUGUAAAUAACAAAGAUAGUGUGGACGACAUUAAAAAUUCCUACGAAAUCUUUUUGAACGUUACGAAAACUCAACUUUUUCUUUGCAAAAUUCAUAUAACGAAUACUUUGGCGGAACUGUUUGAGUGUUGUCACAAGUUUUGCAGCAGUACAUCCGUGGAAAAAAGAAAGGAAGCAGGCGAGGGCUUUAAUAAGCAGUAUAGACUUCUUUUGAGGAUUCUUAACGGCCUUAAAAACUCCACUGAAACCGGCGUUUCGCUUCUACUGGAAAGAAUAAAUUAACUCAACCUAACAAAACGAAGGA